CGCGAGCACAACCUCAGAUUCGCAGUAACCGCCAACAGGUUUUUUGUUAUAUUACAGUCAAGUGUCUAUUUGUGUAUCGCUUUAUAAAGGCCUCAGAUUGCAGAACAACAAUAUUUUAGUUCGGGAGCUUCGCUAAGAUGGAGCUCGUAUGUGCUAUAGUGUUGACCUUUGUAACUGCAGUGAGUUGUGUCCCACAUGGAUACGGUGCUAUUGGGGGUGCAGGCGCAUCAGCUAAAGCGGAAGCAAAUGCCGCUGCAGGUACCUUCAGUGGUCUGGGCGGUUUACCACUCAGCAUUCCAAAUGGAGCAGGGUUUUCUGGAAGUUUUUCAAAAUCCUCUUCAUCUAGCUUUGCUUUAUCAAGUGCUAGUUCCAGUUCUGGUUCGUUUAGCUUCACUGGAUCUGGUGCAGGCAAUAUAGGUACAGCGGGAUCAAAUAAUUUGGGAACAUCUACUAACGGAGGUUGUACAACAGGAGGAUGUAAAUAUGGUUCAGUUGGAGUUCCCAACAAUUCUCAGUUAUACAAUGUAGCUAACGCUGGUGCUGCGGCUCAAUCAGGUGCUGUAGUAGGAGACACAGAUUAUUCCAAGAAUGGAAAUCAGCAACCUUGUGCAGGUGACUGUGUUAACCUUAAACCACCGAGUUGUAAAGGAUUUGGAUGUAACGAUUUAUCUAGUUCUUCCAAUAAUUGUGCUUCAGGGCAAUGUGGUACCAAUUUACCUUUGGAUAAUUCACCUCAUAAAAAUUUAGAAAUGGAAAGUAUUCAUAAUAACAAUAAUGCUAAUUGUGCAAAUGGGAAAUGUGGAACUAAUAUUCAAAUCGCAAGUUCUUCUGAAUCUGGAUUCAAUAAUAAUAAAUGUACCUCUGGAAAAUGUACUCCGACAUCACAGACAAGCAUACCACCAAGUAAGCCCUUAUUAGAAACGGAAGCACCAUCUGGUAACGAUGAGUCUGAUGAUAUAUCAGUCGGCACUACAGGACCUUCGUUUCCCAAAUUAAAACCAGAAUCAAGUUAUCAAUCACCUAUUUAUGGCGAGACCUCUGCUCCAAUGACUUUUUCGGACUCGAAUCCGACAUUUAAUACAGACUUUAAUCAAAAUAAAUACGCUGGCGCAUCUAGCAGUGCAACAUCACCUACUUAUAAUAAACCUGCAGAUUAUUUAUCAACUCCUAAAUUAGGCCCUGCUUGCACAUCUCCUAAUUGUCAGCCAGUAAAUAGUAAACCUGGACAAACUUAUCUAACUCCAGUAAAUUCAGAUACUAAUAGACCCAUUAACAAUGCAUAUCCGAACAAUCCUUUAGAAAACACAAAUUCUCCUGCUAUUUUUAACAAUAACUCUCCAUCAACGAAUUAUAUUAGUCCGAAAGGUCCAACAUCGUGUACUUCGGGAAAUUGUGGUAAUUAUCCAUCUAGUCAACCAACAGCAUUUGGUGAUUUAGAAUCCCACGAUCGAAAAAAUUCUUUAAAUCAGGGAAUUCCCUCAGUUAUUGCUAAUAAACCUCUAGUUACUAAUACACCAACAUAUUAUCAGACUAAUCCAGAAAGUUGUACAUCGGGAAAUUGUGACAACUAUCCUGGAUCACAAUCUACGGGACCAUAUACCUCAGUUCCCAGUAUUCCCGGUAAUCCUGCUGUAUCAACUGCAGAAUAUAGUUCUCCUGGUUCUAAAUAUCCGAUAAAACCUCAAGGACUUUUCCCUAAUACUGGAUUGAACUGUGGAUUUGGAAAUUGUGGAAAUUAUCCUCAAAGUCCAAUUACAGGAAUUGGUAAUACAGUUUCUACAAUUCCUGCCUAUUCUCAAGGAAAUUCCCCCAGUAAACCACAAAAUUGUGUAUCGGGCAAAUGUAGUUCUUAUCCUUCCUCGAUUUCCACAGAAUACAAAAUUCCAGCACACAGUCACGAAAAUCCUACUGAAACUGAAAAGUGUGUCUCUGGAAACUGCAAGGUGCCAUCAACACAAUUAUCUGACUACAGUCCUCCGGGAUUUAAUUAUCCUACUACUAAUCAAGGUAUUUUCCCUAAUACACCGGUGAACUGCGCAACAGGCAAUUGUGGGAAUGUUCCUUCUACUCAAUCUACAGACUCCAAUGAUGCAGGAUAUUCUUCAUUUCCUACACAAAACUGCGCAUCAGGAAAAUGUAGAACGUCCCCUUCCAUUACAAAUGAAAAUUGUGGAUCUGGUAAUUGUGUUAAUCCGUCUACACAAAUUAUUAAUAAUAAUAAUAAAAAACCAUAUUUUGAAGGAACAAAUAACCCAGAAAACUUAGGACACAAUAACCCAAGCUAUCCUCAAAAAGGUACUUCUAAUGGCUCGAAAAGUUGUGUUACAGGAAAAUGUAGUAAUCCUAAUAACUCACAGGAAUCAAUUCCUGCAUUUGUACCUUUACAACCUAACCAGCCACAAUAUAAUAGUCCAAAUAAUAAACCAAUUAAUAUAUAUGGAUCUAUUUCUAAUAAUGACGUAUCUUCAAAUAAUGGUGCCUCGUCAACAUCCCAUUCUACGGGAAUAACUGCUAACCUGAAUGAAAAAAUCCCAAAUUCACAAAAAGGUCCUGUCUAUACUGGUGGAUUUGGAGGUCCUCCAGGACUAUUAAAACCUAAUAAUUAUGAUCUCCCACCUUCAGGAGGUUUUGUACCCACAUCUAAGGACAAUGAAAAUAAACCUGAAGCUACAUCUAACAAACCAGCAUCUUGUUCAUCGGGAACUUGUGUUUCUCAGCCCGGUGUCGGAGCUUCAAAUAAUAACAAUAAUAUUCCCGCUAUUUCACCGGAAACUUCUACAACAAUACAAUCUUCUCAAAAUGAUCAUGGUCACCUUUCGACUGGAAUCAAUACUGCUGUCACUGCUAUUUCUAAUGCGGUCGCUUAUUCAGGUGGAUUUGGUGGUCCACCAGGAUUAUUAAAACCUUAUGAUAAUGGUAAAAUUAGCAGUGGAAGUGUGACCAAGUCCCCACUUGGUACUAAUCAUAUUGGACCUAAUAAAGAAACACAUUCUUUCCACGAUAAUAAAAUCAAUGCAGCUAACACAGGUUUUGCAGCUCAAGCUGCUUCUUUUGCUGGAGCAGCAGCAGGUGCAUUUGGUAGUGGAAAUUAUGACAGUAGUAAUCGAAACAAAGCUAAUCAUGGCUGUGGCGGUGGAUGUGGUUCUACAGGAAGUGGUGGAUAUAACAGUAAUUUCAAUUUUGGUCUCAAUAGUGGGUUAUCAAAGUUUGGACUGCUUGAUGACGUACAUGGAGGUUUAAGCUCAGCUACCGCGGCAGCAAAAAGUGCAGCCGGUGCAGUGAGCGGUGCCAAUGCAGGUGCAUUUGGAAACGCUGGCAGUUUCGCUAGCAGUUCAGCUUCUGCUCAAGCCAGUUCUGGAGUUAUUACUAAAGGAGGUUAUGGAAGAUAAUAAUUUUAGUAAUACUACAAAAAGAUAUUACCCAUACUGAACUGUUUUAAAAUUGAACAAGACUUAUUAAUGUGUAAUUAAGUAGAGGAAAUCUAUUAUGUUGUGAUAAUAUUAAUAAUAUAUUAAGUUUUGGUAUUACAUAUCUAUAAUUUCAAGUAGUUAUUUACAAAGGAGUGUUCCGAUGAUCCGCGUUAGCAGGCAUGGAAAGUAAUAUAGAGCAUAUUUGAUAUCAGUAGCAUUUAUUGAUGGUUGUGUGAAGGGAGUUUUUAAGGGGUGUAAAUGAAAUAGUGACUCCGCCUGUGCUAUCGGUAUAUAUCGGCAGGGUAACAGUGAGGGAUGAUAGGUGAAGAUGAAACAAGUCAGUUAGCCCAUUGUGACAAAUUCAUUUAAUAUCUAUCGGUGUUCAUCAUUUUUAACUUAAAAAAUUGCUCAACAUAUCAUCGGAACGCCCCUUAAAUAUAUUAAAAAUAAAUUAAAUGUUACUUUUAUA